GCCCUACUCACAGGAGCACACCGCGCGCCGAUCUCUUCUCCCCCUCCUCUCCUCUCCUCUCCUCUCCCUCUCUGCUGCACUGGCCGGCACUGCUAGUACAUAUGUGAUGCGAAGCUGCCUUCUCCAUCCCACAGCAAAUUCCACAGACGGAAUCACGAGCAGCCAUGUCCGGCGUGUGGGUGUUCAAGGACGGCCUUGUCCGCCGCGUGGAACACCCAGGCCAGGAGGACGAAGGGUCGUUGUCGGGCGGCGGCGGGCGGCGCAAGGUGCUGGUGCACGUCCCCAGCGGCGAGGUGGUGACGUCGUACGAGGUGCUGGAGCGGCGGCUGCGGGAGCUCGGGUGGGAGCGCUACGUGAACGACCCGUGCCUGCUCCUCUUCCACCAGCGCUCCACCGUGCACCUCAUCUCCGUGCCCCGGGACUUCGCCAGGUUCAGGCUCGUGCACAUGUACGACAUCGUCGUCAAGACCCGCAACGUCUUCGAGGUGCGCGACGCUGCCUAAUAAUUAGCUCUCUCCACUCCAGGCCGGCUGGUCGGGCUGUGGCAGCGCACAGAUAAGCUCAUCAUCGCCGGCUUUUAUUAUCUAUAUACAUAUAUAUACGAUGUGUGUAGCUCUAACCUCCCGAUCUGGUGAAAUAAUGGGGUAUAUGUCCGUACACGCGGUAUAUAUAUAUAUAUAUAUAUAUAUAUGCUAUAUAUAUAUAUAUGCUUUGAAUUCUUUGCAGAUAUACAGGCGAAUAGAAUACAGAACGAAAGAGGAUCGACGCAGUUGAGUAUAUAUAUAUAUAUAGGCAUGUUUACUGGCACACGGCCGGGCUAUUAGACAGGCAAACUAUUGGUUUGUAUAUUUUUCUAUUUUACGGCUUGCCAAAUUGAAGUUCGAUCUGUGUAUUGUAAGAAUUGAAUGAAAAGUAUAGUAUUGACCUGAUUUUUCUUUCUUACAAAUUCAUGAUCUGCGAUAGAUUGUGCUAGUAACUGAUGAGAAGCAAGAGCUAGAGUUAACUUUGUGGGAACUCAAGGCGAAGAGUGAGGUAAGUGAACCAGGUUAGAUAUCCCCUGCUUCUCUUUUUAGAAAUAUAUGGUUUGAUCUCACAAACUUCAAGUACUCAUUUAUAUGGUAUAGCUGUAUAAGUAUGUGCUUGGAUGAAAUAGUUUUCAAGCAUUCACCAAAAGAAACUUUUUUAUGUUUUUGUAAUAAGGUAGUAUAUGUGAUUUUUCCUACUUUACAGUUUCAAUUUCUCCGAAAGACAAAUUUUCCAUUUCACAAAGCACCCUUGCGAUUACAUAUACGCAGCAUAACCUUUUACAUCUUCUGAGGCUUAGUCAUUUGAGUCUCUAUGUUGUUGUGCUGUGUUCUCUGUGCAAGAACUUUGAUCAUGCUAUCAAAUCAGUUAUGGCAUGUUUGGUAAA